GGGGGAGGUGUGCUCCAGGUCGAGGGGGCUAGGAGCUGACUGGAAUUUUAUCCUUUUCCUACGUUGUUAGUUCCAAUGUGUACAUUCAUUGGCAUCGUGGCUCAAUGGUUAGUACUGCCACUUCAUAGCACCAGGGACCCGCGUUCGACUCCAGUCUCAGGCGAUUUUCUGUGUGGAAUUUGCACAUUCACCUCGUGUCUGUGCCGCAGUGUUCCCACAAUCGAUAAAAAUGCAUAAGGAUAUUAAUUGAUUGCAGACCUGGAUCUCAGAGCAAGUUCUGACAGUAAGCAGAGUCAUCAGGGUCUGAAUAUCAGUGGCAUUUAACUGUGGAAGGAAAGAGCUCCUGUCAGAGUGGGUGUGAGAAGACAAUGAAAAUGAUAAGGCUGCAUUGUGAGUGCUGCUUGACUAAAUGAGAGUGCUUUGAAGUUGGCUGAAAACAGAGUGAGAUGAGACAGGGAGAAAGUGAAGCUGAAAGAUGGAGUGUGCAGGCCUUUGAACAUUGAAGAAAAAAGCACUGUUCACACCGGGGAGAAACACGUAUAUUGGCUGUGUGUGGAAGAUUAAUCUGAAAUGUCCGAACGUCAGCGCAGUCACCCAGGGGAGAGACUGUGGAAAUGUGAGGAUUGCGGGAGGAGAUUUCUUUACCCAUCGCAGCUGCAAAUACACCAACGCAGUCACACUGGGGAGAAGCCAUUCACCUGCUCCGAUUGUGGGAUGGGAUUCACGCAGUCAUCCAACCUGCUGAAACAUCAACGAGUUCACACUGGGGAGAGACCAUUCACUUGCUCUGUGUGUGGGAAAGGAUUCAUGCAGACAUCUCACCUGCUGAAACACCAGCGAGUGCACACAGGAGAGAGACCAUUCAGUUGCUCUGUGUGUGAAAAAGAAUUUGCUUUGUCAUCCAGCCUGCAGGUACACCAGCGAGUUCACAAUGGGGAGAGACCAUUCACCUGCUCCAUGUGUGGGAAAGGAUUUGUUUCGUCAACCAACCUGCUGAGGCACCAGCGAGUUCACACCGGGGAGAAAGCGUUCACCUGUUCUGUGUGUGGGAAAGGAUUCACUCAGUCAUCCUCCCUGCAGGAGCACCAGCGAGUUCACACUGGGAAGAGACCAUUCACCUGUUCUCAAUGUGGGAAAGGAUUCACUCGCGCGUCUAAAUUACUGGUCCACCAGCGGGUUCACACCGGGGAGAAACCAUUCACUUGUUCACAGUGUGGGAAGGGAUUUACUCACUCCUCCAACCUGCUGAGGCACCAGCGAGUUCAUACCGGGGAGAGACCAUUCACCUGUCUGGAGUGUGGGAAAGGGUUCUCUCAGACAAUUCACCUGCUGGUCCACCAGCGAGUUCACACCGGGGAGAAACCAUUCACUUGUUCAGAGUGUGGGAAGGGAUUUACUCACUCCUCCAACCUGCUGAGGCACCAGCGAGUUCAUGCUGGGGAGACAUCAUUCACCUUUUCCAAGUGUGGAUAAGUCUUUGCUGAUUCAUCCUCCCUAUUGAUACACCAAGUUCACUGUGGGGACAGACCAUUCACUUGCUGCAUAUGUGGAAAGGGAUUCGCUCAGUCAUCCAAACUGUUAACACACCAGCAUGUUCAACAAGAAUCCGAGUUGAAGGAUUUUGCUCUUACUCACAUGGAGGAAUGAACUGUGGUCUUUGGACUGUUUGUACUGAUGUUAUUAACCCCUGCUCAAAAUUUGGCUUUCUAUUGGGGAAAUAAGGCAGGGCAGGUGACUGAGGUGUCAGUAGGGGAAUACUUUGGGGCCCAUAAUCAUUAUUUUAAAAGUAAUAUUUCCUUAUAGAAAAGGAUAGGUCUGGUCUGAAAAUUAAAGUCCUAAAUUGAUGUAAGGCCAAUUUUGACAUACUUAUGCUCCUUAAAGAUCAACAAGGCUGCCUAUGUGUGGAAGCACAGGUGAUGCCAAACAAGUAUUCCAAAAUGUCUGUCCAUGCUAACCCCAUUUCUUUGCACUUGGCCCACAUGCUUACAAUCCUUUCCUAUCCAUGUAUUUGUCCAAAUGCCUUUUCGAUGUGUUAAUGUACCAGCCUCAACCACUUCUGCUGGCAGCUCAUUCCAUAUGCGUACCACUUUGUGUAAAACAAAACAAGUUGCCCCUCAGGUUCCAUUUUAUUCUUUCCCCUCUAACCUUAAACUGAUGCCCUCUGGACAGUGAUUCACCAUCUCUGGGGAAAAAGACUGAGUGCAUUCACCCUAUCCAUGCCUCUCAUGAUCUUAUACACUUCUAUAAGAUCCCCCCCACCUUGGUCUCCUACGUUCUAAAGUAAAAAGUCCUAGCUUAUCCAAUCUCUCAUAAUAACUCAGACCAUUGAAUCCUGGCAACAUCAUUGUAAAUUUCUUCUGCACCCUUUCCAGUUUAAUGACAUCCUUCCUGUAAUAAAACUGAACACAGUACUCCAAGGUAGCAGCACCAAUGUCCUGUACAACUGCAACAUAACUUCUCAAUUUCUAUACUCGAUACCCUGACUGAUGAAGGCCAGUGUGCCAAAAGCCUUCUUCACUGCCCUGUCUACUUGGGAGUCCACUUUCAGGGAACUGUGCACCUGAACUCCAAGGUCCCUCUGUUCCACUACACUCCUUAAGGCCCUACCAUUCACCAUGAAACUCCUAUCUUGAUUUGACUUUCGAAAAUGCAAGACCUAGCACUUAUAAUCUCCAUUUGCCAUUUCUCGGCCCACUUCCCCAGCUGAUCAAGGUCCUGCUGCAAUCUAUGAUAACUUUCCUCACUUUCCAUGAUACCGCUAUUUUAGUGUCAUCUGCAAACUCACUAAUCAUGCCUUGUGCAUUCUCAUCCAAAUUGUUGAUAUAGAUAACAAAGUGCAAUGGACCCAGCAUGGACCCCUGAGAUACUUCACUAGUCCCAGGCCUCCAGUCCAACAAACAUCCUUCCACUAUUACUCUCUGCUUCCUACCAUUAAGCCAAUCGUGUAUCCAAUUUGCCAGCUCCCCCUGGAUUCCAUGCAAUUGAACCUUCCAGAGCAGCUUACCGUAUGGUACCUCAUCAAAGGCCUUACUGAAAUACAUAUAGACUGCGUCUACUGCCCUGCCCCCAUCAACUUUCCUGGUCACUUCAUCAAAGAACUCUAACAAAUUUGUGAGGCAGCACUCUCAAAGCCAUGCUGACUACUCCUAAUCAAACACUGUCUUUCCAAAUGCAUGUAUGUCUUAUCCCUCGGAACUUCUCCGCCACAGAUGUUAAGCUUACUGGUCUAUAGUUCCCAGGUUGUUCUUUGCAGCCCUUCUUGAAUAAUGGCACAAGAUUCGCUUUUCUCCAGUCUUCCGAACCUCACCCAUGGCUAAUGAUGCAAAAAUAUCAGUGAGGGCCCCUGCAAUUUCUUCUCUAGCCUCUUGCAAUAUAUCUGGUCAGGACCGGAAGAUUUAUCCACCUUCAUAUAUUCCAAAAUGUCGUCACCACCUCUACUGUGAUUUGACUGUCCCCGAGAUAUCACCACUAAUUUCCCCAAGUCUUCAUGGCUUUCUCCAUGGUGAACACCAUGGUAAAAAUGUGGUGCCACUGUUUAUGAAAGGUGGUAAGGCAAAGCCAGAGAACUACAGGCUGAUGAGCCUGAUGUCAAUUGUGGGUACAUUGUUGGAGGGAAUUCUGAGGGACAGAUUUACAUGUAUUUGGAAAGGCAAAGACUGAUCAGGGAUGGUCACCUUGGCUUUGUGCAUGGGAAAUUGCAUCUCACUAACUUGAGGUUUUUGAAGAAGUGGCAGAGAAGAUUGAAGGCAGAGCAGUGUUGUAGAUAUGGAUUUCAGUAAGGCUUUUGAUAAAAUUCCACAUAGUAGACUGAUUAGAUCGCAUGGAAUCCAGGGACAGCUAGCCACUUGGAUACAAAAUAGGCUUGAACAUAGGAGACAGAGGAUCAUUAAUGAUGGUAGGGGUUUAUUUUUUGAAUUGGAGGCCGGUGACCAGUGGUGUGCUGCAAGGAUCUGUGCUGGGUCCACUGCUUUUUGUCAUUUUUAUAUAAAUGGUUUGAAUAUAGGAGGAAUUGUUGCAGGUAACACCAAAAGUGGUGUUGCAGUAGACAGUAAGGAAGGUCAUUUCCGAGCAGAAUCGAACCUUGAUCAGAUGGGCCAAGGAGUGGUGGUUUGAGUUUAAUUCAGAUAAGUAUGUGGUAUUGCAUUUUAAUCAGGCAAAUCAGGGCAGACCUUACACACUUCAUGGUAAGGUCCUGGGCAGUGUUGCCAAACAAAGGCAUUGGGGAGAAGAUCCAUAAUUCCUUCAAAAUGGAGUUGCAGGAAAGCAGGGAGGUGGAAAAGGCAUUUGAUAUAUCUUGGUCAGUGCAUUGAGAAAGGUUUUGGGAUAUUGUGGUGGGGAGGGAGUGUUUAUAAUACAAUCUCAUUCAGGUGAUCAUCCCUUUCUUAUUUCUCAAUUCCACCCAAAUAACAUCCCUGCACAUUUUCCCAGGAAUAUCCUCCCUAAGUACAGCCAUAAUGUUAUUCCUAAUCAAAAACACCACUCCCCCUCCGCUGAUGUUCCCCUUUCUUUCUAUUGUAUAGCCUCUAAACCCUGGAACAUUAAGCUGCCAGGUUUGUCCAUUUCCAAGUCAUGUCUCUUUAAUUGUUGAUAUCCCAGUCCCAUGUUCCCAACCUUUCUCUGAGUUCAUCUGCCUUACCUGUUAGACCUUCUGCACUGAAAUAAAUGCAGUUUAAUAUAGCAGUCCUACUUCGUCCAUGUUAGUAACCAUUGUAUAACUGUGGGGUAGGUUUUAGAAAUGAUCACAUUGUUGUACAUCAACAUAUUCACACUAGGUAAAGAUUAUCCAUCUGCACAGUGUCUGUGUGCAAAGGGAUUUCCGGUUCAUCAGAACUGGUUGACCACCAGUGAGUUCCCAAGACUGUGUCGGAAUUGUUUUAUCGAUGCUGCUAUUAAUCUGUGUCUCAGACAGGUUACGUGGGCUUGUUUCUGAUUAUGUUUGUCAACACUGUAUGCUGUUUACCUAUUUGGGAGAAAAAAUUAUAUAAAUCAUCUUUUUGUCAAA